AUGUGGGCGACGCUGAAAAAUAUGAUUGGCGCGGACGUCAUGUCGGUGUUUUCCGUGCCAGUGUUCAUCAUGGAACCGAUGUCGACGUUGCAAAAGAUGGCGGAGAUUUUGCAGUAUCAACAUUUGUUGGAUGAAGCCGCGGAUGAGGAGGACGAGGACGUAAGGUUGGCGUUGGUGACCGCGUACGCGGUGUCCGUGUAUUCCACCAUGGAACGAACGAAGAAACCGUUCAAUCCGAUUUUAGGCGAGACGUACGAGUUGAAACUGGACGACGGCAAGAGCACGGCGAUUUACGAGCAAGUGAGUCACCACCCGCCGAUUGGUGCCGGGCACGCGAAUACGGAAAAAUGGACGUACGAUAUUACCUCCGCGGUGAAGACGAAGUUUAUGGGGAACUGGGUGGACGUCUUUCCAAUCGGUCGCACGAGAAUUCAUCUGAAACGAACGAACGAGACGUUCAACAUUAUCCCGCCCACGUCGAGAAUUAACAACUUGAUCGUUGGAAGAAUUUGGGUGGACACGUUCGGUGACAUGCGCGUGCAAAACUUGACGACGAAAGCGACGUGCGAUUUGCAGUUCACCGCCUGCGGUUGGUCCUCUCGAGGUCGAUACGAAGUCAACGGUUUCGUCAAGGAUAACAACGAAAAAGAGAAAUUGAGAAUGUACGGACAUUGGAACAAAGAUUUGAAAUGUAGUAAAGUAAGCGAUGAUGAAACCACCACGUGGGAGAAGAAGUUGUGGCAGGUUGAGGAGAGCGAGAUUAAAGUAGCGCACGAACACCCGUACGGGUUCAACUCUUUCGCGGUGAAAUCCAUCGGCGCGGAAACGGCUCCGGCGGAUGGUAAGUUGUUGAAAUCCGAUUCAAGGUUGCGACCAGAUCGAAGAGCUUUAGAAAAAGCGGAUAAUUCAACCGCGAGCACGCAGAAAACCGCUUUAGAAGAGAGGCAAAGAGCAGAGAGGCGAGAGAGGAGAGCUUUGGAGUGCGGCCCGUGGAAGCCGAGAUUUUUCUUGGAGACGGGCAAAAACGCCGAGUGCACCGCGGACGAGGCGGAGAUUGUCGAACACGUGUUUGAAUACAACAAAAACUCGUACGAAGAUAUUCGCGAGAUGGAGAAAAUGUGCACGAACGUAGCAGGAGCAAAUACCGACGAGGGAGAAGAUAGCACGAAACAUCCGCUGGACGCGGAAUUUCAUCCGUGGCAAUUCGAGAAGUACGAACACGCCUACGCCUAG